AAUGUGAAGUGCGAGAUUCGAGGCGAGGCGGACGGCAAGGAGCCCAAGGACCUGACGGCGAGCACCAGAGCCAUGUUCCCCAGCUCGCAGAUCAAGAUGAGACUGCUGUCGCCGAGCAGUUCGCCCGCGACGUCGCCGACCAUGUCCAACUCGUCGUCGCCGACGCCGCAGCAGCCGCCGCCGCCGCUGCAGCCGUACAACCACAAGAUCACGGGCAUCCCGUGCGUGGCGGCCGCCUCCCGCUACACGGCGCCCGUGCACAUCGACGUGGGCGGCACCAUCUACACCUCCUCCCUCGAGACGCUCACCAAGUUCCCCGAGUCCCGGCUAGCGAAGCUGUUCAACGGCAGCAUCCCGAUCGUCCUGGACUCUCUGAAGCAGCACUACUUCAUCGACCGCGACGGCGGCAUGUUCCGACACAUCCUCAACUUCAUGCGCAACUCGCGGCUGCUGCUGCCGGACACUUUCAGCGACAUCGACCUGCUGCUCGAGGAGGCCCGCUACUUCGACAUCGCCCCCAUGGUGAGGCAGCUGGAGCAGCUGCGCAAGGAGCGCCAGAAGAAAGCAGCAGCGGCGGCGGCGGCAGCGGCGGCGAGCCCGCAGGCGCUGGGCGGCGGCAGGGACCGCGGCGGGGGCGGUGGGGGCGGCGUGGGCGGCUGCGCCGACGACCCGGGCUGCUGCCACAACAGCGGCGCGCUGCAGCCGGGCCUGCACUACGAGUGCGUCGCGCUGCACGUCUCCCCGGACCUCGGCGAGCGGAUCGUGCUCUCCGGCGAGCGCGCCGUCCUCGACGAGGUGUUCCCCGAGACGUCGCAGGCGCUGAUGGACGCGCGGUCGGGCGCGGCGUGGAACGCGCACGACGCGCGCCACGUCAUCCGCUUCCCGCUGAACGGCUACUGCAAGCUGAACUCGGUGCAGGCCAUCACGCGGCUGCUGAACCGCGGCUUCAGCGUCGCCGCCAGCACCGGCGGCGGCGUCGAGGGCCAGCAGUUCUCCGAGUACCUCUUCGUCCGGCAGGCGCACCCGCUCUAGGCCCGCGGCCCCUGGUGCCGGCUUCCGCCGUGACCAACUCACAGACUGCUGCAGUGGGGAGCGCACCUCGCCGCCACGCUCUCUCUAUCGUGUUCUCUCCACCACUGGAGAUGCUCGAAUCGCGAGCUCCUUUCGGCGAUCAGAGCGUUUUAUAUUCCAGUUUUAAUACUCAUUUGACAUUCCUUCACACUGUCUGAAUUGGCACUAGCGUCAGUGCGAAAACUUGACAAAUUCCGUACAAUGUGAAUACGCAGAUAGGUAUACAGCAAUCCGAGAAAAAGCAACUGAACGAUACGAUAUCAUAAGAGGGGCGUUCAAUAAGUAAUGCAACACAUUUUUUCCGCUUUAUUCAGGACUCCAAUACACCAUACUAUUCCCUAAUCUUUUGGUUACAAAAUCCUAUUUUUCAACGUAAUCUCCGUUCGAUGCGACGGCCUAACGCCAGCUUACUGGCACGGCCUGUAUGCCCGCAUUUUACCACUCUACUGGUUGACAUCGCAGCCAACGUCUUGCUGCAUCAGGAGCCUCCCCAUCAUUCAAGUACUCCUUCUCACGGAGUCCAUCCGUCACUGAGCCAGACAGCUGGAAGUGGGAAUGUACGUGAUCCGGGGAGUAGGGUGCGUGAGGAAGAAUAAUCCAGUGAAGCGUUGUGAGGUCCUCUCGUGUGCGCAGACUUGUGCGAGACCCUGUGCUGUCAAGGAAAAGAAUAAUCUCCCUUUAAUUUACGUCUAUGGUCACAAAACUUUUUGUUCACAGAUUACCGGUUUCGGUCUAUAAUGACCAUCUUCAGAUCUGUGUUUUAUAAAAACAAUGCCCUAAUGUACUUCGUUAGGACAUUGUUUUUAUAAAACAGAGAUCUGAAGAUGAACUUUAUAGACAGAAACCGGUCUAUACCUACCUAAUGUUCUUUAUUAGGACAUUGUUUUUAUAAAACACGUAUCUGAAGAUGGUCAUUAUAGACCGAAACCGGUAAUCUGUGAACAAAACGUCUGUGGCCAUAGAGGUAAAUUAAAGGAAAUUUAUCCUAUAUACGGUUCACUGUUUUAUUCGUGACAAUGUCGCAGCUUGUGAAAGGAUAAACUCAUUUGCAUUUUUGUGGCGACAAACACGCUGAAGUCAUUUCUUCAACUUCUUGAGCGUAGCACAAUACACUUCGAAGUUGAUCAUUGCACCACGAUGGAGGACACCAAACAGAAUAACCCCUUCAUAGUCACAGAAGAGCGUCGCCAUGACUUUACUGUCUGAGGGUGCAGCUUUGAACUUUUUCUUCGGAGGAUAGGUGGUGGCGUCAUUCCAUGGAUUGCCGUUUUGUAUCCGGUUCAAAGUGAUGAACCCAUGUUUCAUCGCCUGUGACGAUAUUAGACAAAAAAAACUGUCAACAUCAGCCUCGUAACGCGCAAGUAAUUCCGCACAGAUGGCCUUCGUUGCUCUUUAUGGUACUCUGUUAGGCGGAGAGCGACCCAGCGGGUACACACCUUUUAGUGUCCCAACUGGUGGAAGAGUCAGUCCAGUUGAGCAGCGAGGUGUUUGAUUGUGAUCCGUCGAUCACCUCGGAUGACGGUGUCCGCACGUUCCAACAUGUCAAAAGUGACAGCUAUAUGCAGCCGGCCCGUACGCGGCAGAUUCGACAGAUUUACGUGACCCUGUUGCUAUGAUGACAGACGCCUCGCCCAGCGAUUCUCCAUGCAUUUGUUACUAAAUUUUAUACAUGGCUGCACGUUCAGAGACCGUUCCUAGGUUACAAUUGCAAGAAAUAAGCCCUCGGUCACUAUUUUUAGACUUAAUUAACCCGGUUUCGACACUCCUAGGAGUGCCUUCAUCAAAACUGAAAAUGAUUAAAGUGGCCUAUAACACAGUCACAGAGUUAUAGAAGAAGACAUUUUUAUAUAAAGAGUGUAAGUACUAAUUAACAGUAAAAGACAUCUGCAGUACUUACAGAUCACAUAUAAAGUAAUUAACACGUCAAAACAGCUUUAGUCACAAAAUAUUUAAGAUAAAAUAAAUGAAGGCGAGCCACUAUGGGCUGCUCAUACCUGCACGGCCACAGGAUGCAACGAACUGCCACGUCCCCGUAGACACCCUGCAAGCGCCUAUGAAUAUCUGCGAUGCUGUGGUUUUCCUCUAAACGAAUCUCAAUGACAGCUCUCUGCUUGGAACGCACCUCAGUUAAAGACACUAUUUUGAAGGAUUCGUACAGUACCGCCACCUUUCGGAACUUCAUGAAACUAUAGGAGCUGAAGCGGGAAUAUUCCACGAUGCCCCACAAUGUCUUGCUGCAUCAACAGAAAAAAAAAUGUGGUGCAUUACUUAUGAACACCCCUCGUACAUCACAGACGCACAGCUCCUCUUCUGUGGUGUUCUAUGAAGAGGUACUGUUACAAAAUAUUGUUGCGGAUUUGAGACCUAAUUCCAGAGUCGGACAGACACAGUUAAGGUUGAACUGAAUCAAACGAUGCGUAAAGCGUGUGCUGUUUCCGUUAAAACAGUCCUGUCAAUUACAGCACUUUUACCGCAGUUGCUCCAGUUAUGAUUCAUUCCAUUAAUGUUAGUGUAUCGUUUUUAGCAACGUAAUUAUUUCUCUAGCAGUAAUUCCACGGUUUUUUUAUCGUGAAAACUGUUUAAGAUAAGAACGAAUACUAACGAAACACACCACUGGCACGACCUUCAAGUAGUAUUAUCAGAACGCCGUAGGCUUUCGAACAAAAUUGUCUGAGGACCAUUUCCUUACACACUAGGCAAAAUAUUAUUAGCCGGCCACGAGUAUUAAUGCACUAAAUCAUCGAAAAGUUUAAAAUUACAUUCGUAAACCUUUCUCGGAGAUCUUUAGUUUGUCACCUUUUAAAUCGUCGUUUGUAAAUAGAUACCAUCGAUCGCAAUUUCCUUAAUUUCUUAGUAAUGCUUCUCAAGACCUUAAUUCUAACACACUUUUUUUGUACAUUACACCCCAUCAUUCUAACACUAAAAUAGUUUUCUGUUAUUGACUUACAUAGGCGUUACGGAUCAAACUGACUUCUAUCAUUAAGUACAAAACUCAAUAUUCUCGACUCAUUUCAUAGCAGGAAAGUUUCGUAUACGCUACGUUUAUCUCCCUGUUGUAUAGACGAGUGCUUGUACUACCGCGCAGGAGAGUAAAGACAUGUGGACCACGUGGUGAUCUCAUAUUAGAAACUCCUUUCGGGGCUGAGAAGCGAGAAAGGAGAGUUAGGAGUGCGUUGCGGGGCGCUGCGGUUUCCGCCGGCCGUCGCAGAAGGUUCCUGUGCCACGAGGCGGGACCCGAACUGACUGCCCGUCGUUCCCCCUGUCAUAAUUGUUGUUCUGUGACAUAGGGUUAUAACAGAUCAGUUCACAUCUCAAAUAAUAGAUCUUUGUGUAAAUGUAGCAUAUAGAAAAUAUUGUUUGUUUUUAAAGUAUAUAACUUCUAUCGCAAUAAGAAACAAUUGUGCCAAUCUGUACCGAAACUGUACAAUUAAAUC